AUGGCCGUCAUAUACUAUCGAUUUAAAUCGCAGAAGCCGGAACAGAUCUCUACCAUCAGAUUCGAUGGAACAGGUCUCACAGUAUUUGAGCUGAAGAGGGAGAUUAUUUAUGCAAACAAGCUGCUUACUGCCACGGAUGUGAACAUAUAUUUGUACAGUUCGGAGGACCCCGAGAAGGAGUUUGCUGAUGAUAACGAGGUUAUACAAAGAUCGUCAACUGUUUUAGUAAGGCGAACCUCAGCAGGAAAGAAGGGGAAAGGAAACGUUUUACGAUACAUAGCAGGCCGGCAGAGAUUGGCGAAAUUCGCCGGGGCACCGUCAUUUGGUGCAAAACCUCUAAUGAGUGCACUGCCUCUUGCAACUAGCACAAAUCCAAUAGUUGCUGGAAAAGACGGAAAACAGACAGAGGAGGAUCUCGUUCAGCAAAUGUUCAACAGACAGGACGACCAAUGGAAUCAGCAGCAAGCAGUAAUGGCAACUGCACAGAGAAUAGACUUCAACAAGCCGAAUGCGAAGUUGGAUGAGACGAUUCCGGACUAUUACAUAUGCUACAAGUGUGGAGCACGAGGACAACAUCACAUCAGGAACUGUCCGAAGAACAAUGAUCCAAACUGGGAAGGUGUGCGGGUGAAAAAGACAACGGGUAUUCCUAAAUCACAUUUGAAGGCUAUCGAUAAGCCGGAAGGAAUGGUGGAUGAUCCAAGCCAGAAUUACAUGGUUGAUGAGCAGGGAAAGUAUGUUGUUGCCGUGGCGGACAAGCGGGCCUGGGAAAGGUUCCAGAAGAUACAAACUAAGCAUAGUGACGAAAUCAUGGCCGGAGAGAUCGAGGUCGAUGAUCCCGAUCUGCGAGAUCCGGUCACAAAACGGCUUUUUAGAGAUCCCGUCAAGACUAAAUGCUGCCACAAGACUUACUCGCGGCACGUGAUAGAGGAUCUGCUCAUUGAGUCCGAUUUCAAGUGUCCAAACUGCGGCCAGGAUGAGAUCUACUUGGACUCAUUGGAGAAGGAUGAGGAGAUGGAGGCCAAGGUGAAGAAGUUUCUGGAAGAGAGGAAGAGGAAGCUUGAAAGUGAUGCGAAUGAGGCAAAUAAGCGCCAGAAGCCAAAUACUCCGGGUUUACCGGCAGUUCCGGCACCAAACCCAAUGAUGGGGAUGAAUAUGCCGUUUAUGCCCUUCCCCAUGCCGGGUCAGAUGCCUAUGCAAAUGCCGAUUGGAGGAAUGAUGCCUGCAAAUGUGAAUUCGGGUGCCGGAUCCAGCACCGAUGGGAAUGUGAGCGCAAAAAAGCACUGA